CAGUAGCGAUAAUCAUCAAAUAGUAAUAACAGUCCAUCAAUAAUAAUCAUCUAACAUGGAUGUAAUCCAACAGAGUUGAAAUCCAGGAGAGAAAGAUGGGAUUAUCGGCGUCAAAGCGAGUGAAUUACAGUUUACAGAACUCGACCCAAUUUGACUCAGCAUGCGACUCAGUCUUCUCCCAAUCUCUUUCUCUAACACAGCACACCUUCCAAGGAGUCUUACCUUACCAGCUCAAAACCGCUUCCGAUCAAAUCCACACCAUCCUCUCCGAUUCUCACUUUCCACUCAUCCACAAAUGGCUCCCUUCCCCUCCCGAUCGCACUCAAGUUGACUCCGCCCUCCGCCACGUCUCCCCGCCCGAUCACCACCACGAAAACGUCCUCCCACUCCCGCUCUUCAAGGAAUGGGCUCGCUACCUCUACACCGACGCCGUCUUGUCCUCCGCCACCAAAGCGCUUCUCUUACGAGUUCCCGUUGGUGUCGCCGGAAUCGUUGGAAUCAGUGCCGUCGCUCACCCUGGUCCGGCACUACUUGGAACGUUCGUUGGAGCCUACUCGCUCGGUGUUGCUCUCUCUAUUUUUCUAGGUUUAUCCGCAUGAUUAAAUUCUAAUUCUGCUGCUGUAUUUUUUAAUAUAUUGCCUUUUUUUAGUAAUGUAUAAGGUUAAGGAUUCAGAAAAAUAUUAUAAAAAUAUCAUAGUAAUAAACGGAUUAUUAAUUUAAAAACUAA